GGUGUUCAGGAGUUGAGCUGUAUGAGAAGCUGUGAAGAAGAAAACAAUCACACGGCUUCAAACUCCUGAGUCCUAAAGAUAGAGAACACCCUAAGCCUUUCUCUUCACUCUUUCGCUCUCUCUAAAUCUUUAUCUUCUUCUUUCUUAGAAACAUCAAUUUCAGUUCUCAAAGCUUUUUAUGUAAACAUUAUUAUAGCGUUUAGCAGAGGCCUCUGAUCAUUAUUCCUAAGGAUAACCAAUCUGGUUGAUUUGGUCAGCAUAUUGAGUUUUGAUGCAAAGGCUGCAUUGAGUUUUGCAUUCUAUCUGGUGAAAUAUCUGUCUGAAUACCCGGAGUAUUGGAUUUCGGUUUUCUCUUGAAGAUCCAAGCAAUUCUUGGGCUUUUGCAGAAUGGCUAUAGCAUUGACCUCCUUGUCAUGGUGGCUGUGGAGUGGGAAACACCAGGAACCCAAAAUCUCGAAAGGGAGUACCUUAAACCCAUUGCCUGAAUCUGGGCUGUGGGAAUUGGAUACAGUGAAGUUUCCCCUCGAUCGCAGGCAAAAUAUGGCUUCCACUUCCAGAAGGGUUAAGCGGAAAUGGCACAGCAGGGAGGAGAGGAAGGUUGAUAAAGAGUAUGACAUUGUUCUUGUGCCAUCGGAUGGCGGAUGUGUGUCGGGGUCUGAUUCUGAUGAUUCUGAUUGGUCAAUUGGAUGGAUGGAGCCUCAUGGCUCGGGCUUCCAAAGUGACGAUGAAUCAGAUGAUAGUUUCGCUGUGCUGGUUCCUUGCUAUGGGCGUGGUGGUGGUGGAAUGAAUUUAGCAAACAAUUUGCAAGAACAGUUUCUGAGCACCAUUCGGAACAUCCCAGAUAUAUAUGCCACAGACAACACAGACAGCAAGACAUACAUGGAACAAUGGCUUUCCUCACUUCAGAAUCGUUAAAACUCACAAACAAGAAGAAAGGCGGGGGAAUCAAGUACACUAAGAUACGAGAAGAAACAUCUGAGGAUUGAGAUAUUGUGCUUCCUAUACGAUCGUGUGUCUAAAGUAAAAGACAAUGAAGAAUGUAAAUAUACAGUUUUAGUACUAGGUUGAUUAUAUGGUGUCUUGUCUCUUGGCUCUCUAGCUUAGGCUUAGAAAACGCUAAACCAGAAGAAGGAAGGGAGAAGGCGGGGUUAUGUCGUGUGCCUUACAAACAUUCUUUGGAGUAUAUAAUUAUGUAACAUCUAUUGCUUGGUUCUUUAUUCUACCUGUUGCAUAUAGAUCAGUUUGAUUGUGAAUGAAGAUGUUCUACUGUAAAUAACUGGAUAAUGUAUCAUCUUUAUUCUACCUGUUGCAUAUAGAUCUGUUUGAUAAUGUUUGAUUGUGA